GAUACCCGCCCCCAGCUUGGUAGCUGCGAAAAUUCCCGUUUGGCUGGGCACCCCAGGCCUAGAUCCAUGAAGCUAGGAAGUCAUGUCUCGGACUGCCACCAUGUAGAGGAGCCAGCGACAAAGGCUAUGAACUUAUUCGGGAGUCUAGCUCCAGGAACCGGGUGCUCUUUUAGGAGUGGGGCUGCGCUGGCGGCACUUCUGUCCUCCGAACGCCAGGGGUCGCUGUGAUCGCUGUGUGGCCUCUUGGGAACCGGGAGCUCAGUGCGCAAGCGCAUUCUGGGCUUGUCCCCGUCCCCACGUGUGAAACUUCUCGGCAAAUUUUUGGUGAAAAAUGCCCAAAUUCAAGGCGGCCCGUGGAGCCGGGGGUCAGGAAAAACAUGUGCCCCUGGCCGACCAGAUUCUGGCGGGGAACGCGGUGCGGGCGGGGACCCGAGAAAAGCGGCGGGGUCGUGGAACCGGAGAAGAGGAGGAAGAGUAUGUGGGGCCCCGGCUGAGCCGGCGGAUCUUGCAGCAAGCGCGACAGCAACAGGAGGAUCUCGAGGCCGAACAUGGGACUGGGGGCAGGUCCGCCGCGCCGCGGGAGCGCACCACGCGUUUGGGCCCAGGAGUGCCUCAGGAUGGAUCAGAUGACGAAGACGAGGAGUGGCCCACCCUGGAGAAGGCUGCCAUAAUGAAAGGGGCAGACCACCAUGCAGAGGUGGUCGUGGACCCUGAGGAUGAACGUGCCAUUGAGAUGUUCAUGAACAAGAACCCUCCUGCAAGGCGCACCCUGGCUGACAUCAUCAUGGAGAAGCUGACUGAGAAGCAGACAGAGGUUGAGACGGUCAUGUCAGAGGUGUCAGGUUUCCCUAUGCCCCAGCUGGACCCCCGGGUCCUGGAUGUCUACAGAGGAGUCCGGGAGGUGUUAUCUAAGUACCGCAGUGGGAAACUGCCCAAGGCAUUUAAGAUCAUCCCUGCACUCUCCAACUGGGAGCAAAUUCUCUAUAUCACAGAGCCUGAGGCCUGGACUGCUGCUGCUAUGUACCAGGCCACCAGGAUUUUUGCCUCUAACCUGAGGGAACGCAUGGCCCAGCGCUUCUACAACCUUGUCCUGCUUCCCCGGGUACGAGAUGACAUUGCCGAAUACAAGCGACUCAACUUCCAUCUCUACAUGGCACUCAAGAAGGCCCUGUUCAAGCCUGGAGCCUGGUUCAAAGGGAUCCUGAUCCCAUUGUGUGAGUCGGGCACUUGUACCCUCCGGGAAGCCAUCAUCGUGGGUAGCAUUAUCACCAAGUGCUCCAUCCCUGUGCUGCACUCCAGUGCAGCCAUGCUGAAAAUUGCUGAGAUGGAAUACAGUGGUGCCAACAGCAUCUUCCUACGACUGCUGCUGGAUAAGAAGUAUGCACUGCCGUACCGGGUGCUGGACGCCCUGGUCUUCCACUUCUUGGGAUUCCGGAUAGAGAAGCGGGAGCUGCCUGUGCUCUGGCACCAGUGCCUCCUGACUUUGGUUCAGCGCUACAAGGCAGACUUGGCCACAGAUCAGAAAGAGGCACUCUUGGAACUGCUUCGGCUGCAGCCACAUCCACAACUGUCCCCCGAAAUCAGGCGUGAGCUUCAGAGCGCAGUCCCCCGAGAUGUGGAAGAUGUUCCAAUCACCAUGGAGUGAGGAAAGCUUACCUGUCCUGGUCUGAGGGGUAUGAGGGGAAACCAGGACCCUACUGGUGACUAAAGAUGACACUGAGCCUUUAUGGCUCAAGACCCAGAUCAGGGCAGUGACAGGUCACAGGGUCAUCUGUGGCUCCCAGUCCUGGGACCUGACUUGAGAUUCCAUGUGCCGGCACUCCAACUCCCCAGCCAGGUUUGAUAUAAGUACUUUCUCUCCGGCUAUUGUGUCAAUUCACUGGGAUGUGGAUAAAAACAAAAAGGUAUUUAUUGAACCUCUGUGGUUUGGUGUAUCAAUGGAGGUCUUUCUACUUUCCCUCUUUAGCUGCAAGUCCCUGUGUUGUCUCAGGAGUGAAUUCUUACCCAGUUUACACAGGACCCCCAUGUAAUCUACAAGUUUUUCUCCAGGCUGCACUUGCUUUAUUAGCCCCCAGGGGCACAUUCUCUGCCUUCUCCUGACAUGAUACAGGCUACUUUAGUAAAGUGCCAGCAACCAGGAGCAGGUUGUUCAAAAGAUGGUUGUGUCUCAGGUGUGGGUGAAAGGGCUUCAGCAGAAAACUCCUUUUCAAGGACAGCAGAGAGACAAGUAAGGUCAGAGGAUAAGGUUGGGCCCAGGAAAUGAUUAGAUUGGGAUCAGCACCAAACAGGUUCGUUCCCUUUCUAGCUUUUUGGCCAUUGAAAUCCAGUGGUUGGCAAACUAGGGCCAAAUGCCUGUUUUUGUGUGGCCUGUGAGCUAAGAAUAAAUUUUAUAUUUUCAAAUAGUUGGGGGAAAAAAUUAAAAGAACAGUAUUUGUGACAAGUGAGAAUUAUGUGAACAUAUUUCAGUGUCCACAAAUAAUGCUUUAUUGGAACACAGCCAUGCCCACCAUUUACAUGUUUUCUGUGACUGCUUUUGUGCUACAACAGCAGAGUUGAGUAUAAUCCUGCUAUAAAUCCUUGUUAUCUUUGAAAAUGCACAUUUGUUCCAACCCAGUUAAUAUUUGGGAACAGUUUGAUCAUAGCGCAAAUUUCACAUUUGCCUAUGCACGAUUUUAUCCUUUAGGAACACUAGGUGAAUGCAGAAAACUGUACCCAGUUAAACUACACCAAAUUAAUAAACAAAACCUACGUACCCAAAACCUUAUGAGCUACCCCAGCUCACCCCCGGUGUUGUGAGAGGCACACGCCCCAUGGCUGGUGUUAGCGCUGUCCUUGCCACUUCAAUAACACGCUGCAGCCCUGCCCACGUCCGCUUCCACAAGCAUGCUUCUUGUCUCUUUUGAGAUAAAGGGUCAUAUUUAUUGUAGUGUUUCCUAUCCAUUUAAUGUGUAAAAACUAUGCUAUCCUCUUUAUUUCCUUUUUUUAAAAAAAUGUGUCAUCAA